AACUUCUGUGUAUAAUGACCGAGUCAAAUUCAUUUUUUAAGUCAGGGAUAAUGAUCGGAGCGGCUUUUACUUUCAUGAUCGUUGCAACUUGGAUUACCCAUCGAAUUACUUAUUCAAGACUGGGACGCACCAGUCCCAGUGUAUUUCACUGGGCAUUUAUCUUUGUCAGCAUAUGGGCAUCUCAAGGACUCACGCUGAGAAAUCAAUCGUCAUCAUUUCGAAUGACUUUCUUCGUUUCCGUCUUCGGAGUUUUCAUCAUCUCCAAUUACUUUACGGCGCCCUACACUUCAAUGUUAUCCAUUCCCAUUUUCAAACCGAUCGUCAACUCCAUCGAAGAUUUGGCAACCAGCGAUUCAGUCAAGACUCUUCUCAUCAAAGGAUCUAGCACAGAUGAGUACAUUAUGUCUUCAACCGAUCCGGCAUUAAAGAAGAUUGGCGACCAAAUGCGACGUUAUCCUGAGAGAAGAAUUCUCGACGCGUACACCGUCGAAGACAUUUCAACGAUCGUCAAAGAAGAUUCUGCUCUCAUAAUCGUGAAUAGAUUGGAUAAAUUUGAGCAGAAUAACACCUUCAAUAUAAUUAAUUGUUUCGUCAACAAGGUGAAAUCCAACGGAGAAUCUUUGAUAGAACAGAGUUAUAAAAUCAAUAAGGAGUGUCGAGUAACUCAGGCCGAGAAAACCUUCUUCAGUCGUUCACAAACAUUUUCCUAUCCGAAAAACAGUCCCAUAGCCAAAGAAAUUGAUUACGAUCUUCUGCUGUUGCACCAAGCUGGACUGAUUCAAUACGCGGAGAAACGAGCUCAGAUGGGCCACGAUCCCUGCCGCAUAUCCGAUAAGAAAAAGGCCCAGUCUGAAAAAAUUGCUCCGCUUAAACUCAGAAAUCAAAUGAGCGGAGCCUUCGUCUUCUUGUCCAUCGGCUUCAGUUUAGGCGUUUUGGCAUUUAUCGGCGAGUUGAUUGCGGCGAAAAUCAAGAAAAAAUCAAGAAUCAUUUCAGGUUCAGUAACAGCUAACUAGGACGUGAAAGUCGAUUAAAUCAACCAGUCGAACUUGAGAAUAAUUCUAUUAA